AUGAGUAGGGAGAACCAGAGCAGCGUGUCCGAGUUCCUCCUCCUGGGACUCCCCAUCCGGCCAGAGCAGCAGGAAGUGUUCUUUGCCCUGUUCCUGGGCAUGUACCUGACCACGGUGCUGGGGAACCUGCUCAUCAUCCUGCUCAUCAGGCUGGACUCUCACCUCCACACCCCCAUGUACUUCUUCCUCAGCAACUUGGCUUUCACUGACAUCUCUUUCUCAUCUGUCACUGUCCCAAAGAUGCUGAGAAAUAUGCAGACUCAGCACUUGUCCAUUUCCUAUCCUGGAUGUAUUUCACAGAUGUAUUUUUAUCUACUCUUUGGUUGUGUUGAUAAUAUCCUUCUUGCAGUGAUGGCAUAUGACAGGUAUGUGGCCAUUUGUCACCCUCUACACUACACCACCAUCAUGAAGGAGGACCUGUGUGUGCUGCUGGUGGCUGGCUCCUGGAUUCUCUCCUGUGGCAGUGCCCUCUUGCACACCCUCCUCCUGACUCAGGUCAUGAGAAGGGAGAACCAGAGCAGCAUGUCCGAGUUCCUCCUCCUGGGGCUCCCCAUCCGGCCAGAGCAGCAGGGUGUGUUCUUUUUUCUAUUCCUGGGCAUGUACCUGACCACGGUGCUGGGGAACCUGCUCAUCAUCCUGCUCAUCAGGCUGGACUCUCACCUCCACACCCCCAUGUACUUCUUCCUCAGCCAGUUGGCCUUCACUGACAUCUGUUUCUCAUCUGUCACUGUCCCUAAGAUGCUGAUAAACAUGCAUACUCAGGAUCAAUCCAUUCCCUAUGCAGGGUGUGUAACGCAGAUGUAUUUUUUCAUAUUUUUUGGCUGCAUUGAUAACCUGCUUCUCACAGUGAUGGCAUAUGACAGGUAUGUGGCCAUUUGUCACCCUUUACAUUACACCACCACUAUGAGGGAGGAGCUGUGCAUAUUUCUUUUGGCUGGAUCCUGGUUCCUCUCUUGUGCAAGUGCCCUGUCCCACACCAUCCUCCUGGCUCAACUGUUCUUCUGUGCUAACAAUACCAUCCCCCACUUCUUCUGUGACCUUGCUGCCCUGCUUAAACUCUCCUGCUCAGACACCUCCCUCAAUGAGAUUUUUAUCUUCAUUGUUGGGGGAUUAAUCAUUAUCCUUUCAUUUAUUGGGGUUCUAGUCUCUUAUGGCUGCAUUGGGGCCACCAUCCUGAGGUUUCCCUCAAUCAAGGGGAUAUAUAAAGCCUUGUCCACCUGUGGCUCCCACCUCUCUGUGGUAUUUCUCUUCUAUGGGACAAUCAUGGAUCUGUACUUUUUCCCAUCAUCGAGCAACUCUAAUGACAAAGACAUAAUUGCUUCAGUGAUGUACACAGUGGUCACCCCCAUGCUGAACCCCUUCAUCUAUAGCCUGAGGAACAGAGAUAUGAAAGGGGCCAUGGGGAAACUUCUCAGAAGGGAGAUCCUGUUCUCCAAGUGA